AUGCCUAGCAUACAUGGUAAUAUUGUGAAAAUUCACUAUUCAAUAUUCGUUGUUCAAUAUGUAUUUCUAUGUGGCAUCACUUUUACGAAUGCUGUUCCGAUGCUUACAAAGAUUAACCAAAGUCAUACUGGUAUAAAAUAUCCUAUAAUUUUAAUUCCUGGUAUGGGUGGAUGUCAAGCUUUUUGUGGGCCUAAAGUUAUGAACAAUUACUUUUCACCAUUUAAUAUCUGGAUUAACUUUCUACAUGUAUUACUGCCUGACAAAGCAUUUGAUUAUUUCAGGCUACAACAUGAUCCACGUACCUAUGAAUCAUUUGAUUCAAAUGAAUGUAAUGUAACAUUUCCCGGAUGGGGUGAUACAUGGUCAGUGGAAUAUCUAUCACAAUAUCUACCCUUUGAUUACUUCGGUUCACUUGUGUCCGAAAUGACUAAAGAUAAAUUUUAUGUGAGAAAUUACACAAUACGUGCAGCUCCAUAUGACUUUAGAAAGUCACCAGGUGAUAACAAAGAAUUUGUCAAGAAAUUCAAGACAUUAGUAGAAGAAACUUAUACCAAUGGAUUGAAUCGACCAGUUGUCCUAUUAGGUCAUAGUUUAGGUAGUCUUUACACAUUAUACUUUCUCAAACAUCAAACUAAACACUGGAAACAAAAAUAUAUUAAAUCGUUUAUGUCUGUAUCAGCACCACUUGGUGGAACAGUUGAAACACUUGCAGCUUUAACUAGUGGUGAUAAUUUUGGUGUGUUCAUUCGUACUCCAACAAUUUAUCGAGAUGUGUUACGUACAAUGACAUCAUUGGUUUCUACCUUACCAAAUCCUAAACUAUGGUCUAAACAUGAAGUUUUGAUUAUUACACCAACUAGAAAUUACACAGUUCUCGAUUAUCCAGAAUACUUCAGUGAUUCCAAUUAUCUUACAGGUUAUCAACUAUUCACACGUCACCUAGAAACAUUCAAUCCACUCGAAGCUCCUGAACACGUACCUGAAAUCUAUUGUAUUUAUGGUUCCGGACUAUUAUCAGUGGAACGACUGAUUUUCAAAUCAUCCAGUUUCUUUGUUUCAUCAUUUCCAAAUCAGACACCGCGAGUUAUUUAUGGCAACGGUGAUGGCACGGUGAAUCUGCGUAGUUUGAAAGUUUGUGCGAAAUGGCCUACAGCUAAAGUCGUUGAAUUCGUUGCAUCUGAGCAUCAACCAAUUUUGAGUGAAAAGAGAUUUAUUCGUUUUGUGAAACGACAUAUGAAUAGAUAA